AUAGAUCACCAUGUCUUCUUCGAUCUCCGCACUCUUCUCUCCUAUCCGCAUAGGCAACAUCGGCUUGCAGCACCGCGUCGUACUUGCCCCACUCACCCGCUUACGUGCACACGCAAAUCAUGUCCCAAGCCCACAAGCACCAGCGUACUACUCUCAGAGAGGCUCUACCCCCGGCACUCUCCUUGUAACAGAGGCCACAUUCAUAUCACAGAAAGCUGGUGGUUACGAUAAUGUCCCUGGGAUAUACACCGAUGCCCAUGUAGAGGAGUGGAAAAAGGUAACAGAAGCAGUUCACGAGAAGGGCUCUUUCAUUUUCCUACAACUCUGGGCGCUCGGCCGUGCGGCAGAAACAGCCGUCCUUGCCAAAGAGAACAAUAGCCCCUACGUCAGUGCCUCACCCAUCGCUAUCCCGGGAAAAACAGACGUGCCACGCGCACUCACCAGGGAUGAAAUCAAAGAGUACGUUGCCACGUAUACUACUGCCGCAAAAAAUGCAAUUCGAGCUGGCUUCGAUGGCGUUGAAAUUCACGGCGCGAACGGCUACUUGAUCGAUCAAUUCAUACAAGACGUUACCAACCAGCGUACAGAUGAAUACGGCGGAAACAUCGAGAAUCGGGCAAGGUUUGCACUUGAAGUAACCGAUGCCGUUGUGGAGGCCGUUGGUGCUGAGAAGACAGCGUUCAGAAUAAGUCCGUGGGGUGUGUUCAGUGGUACGUGGAUCAUAUAAUAGUGCCGAUCUUCAUUUAGCUGAUUUGUGGUGAAGGUAUGGGCAUGGCAGAUCCCAAACCUCAGUUCUCCUACUUGGUUGAGGAGCUGCGGAAACACAAACUCGCGUACAUCCACGUCGUGGAGCCGAUGCCUGCCGAAGUCACUGCUGAAAAAAACAGCGACUUUAUCCGUGAUAUCUGGGAUGGGGUCGAAGGCAGCGCAUUCAUCAGCACAAACGGACAUACACGGAA